UAUUAAGAUGGGGCUGUUCCUUCAGAUGUUGAUGGCUUUAGCAAUUAUGAUGGUUUCCUUGCAAGGAUGGCAGCCUCUUGGUUGCUUGGAGGAAGAGAGAAUCGCUCUGCUUAACCUGAAAGAUGCUUUUAACUAUCCCAAUGGCACCUCCCUUCCCUCCUGGAUAAAAGGUGACGCCCACUGUUGUUAUUGGGAACGUAUUGAGUGCAGCAGCAGUGCAGGUCGACUCACCGCACUCGCUCUUGACGGCGUAAGGAAUCAGGAACUGGGAGAUUGGUACUUAAACGCCUCCCUCUUUCUUCCUUUCCAAGAACUUUAUUGGCUCGACUUGUCACGCAAUCGUAUAGCUGGUUGGGUUGAGAAGAAAGGUGGUGGUUAUGAGUUCCAGAAAGUGAGCAAUUUAGAGUACAUUGACUUGGGAGUUAAUCGUUUCGACAACAAUAUUUUAUCAUUUAUGGAGGGAUUUUCAUCUCUUAAAUCACUAUAUUUAGAUUAUAAUAGGCUGGAAGGGUUAAUAAAUUUAAAAGGUUAG